AUGGCAAAGAUGCAAGCCCUCGUCACCCAGGAGAACCACCAGGUCGCCGUUCAGGAGAUCGACAUCCCAAAGCCGGCCGAGGGAGAGAUUCUUGUCAAGGUCUCCUACUGCGCCCAGAACCCUACUGACUGGAAGGCUGCAGCUGGCGCACCUCCAGGCCGAGUUGUGGGCUGCGACUUCGCCGGCACUGUCGCUGAUGCCAACGGUUCCUCGUGGCGAGAGGGCCAGCGCGUCGCAGGCUUCGUCCAAGGCACCUCCACCAAUGGGAUUCCACCAAAUCCAAUCCGUGGCGUCUUCGCUGAAUACUGUGUCAUCGAGAGCAGUCUCGUCUACACAAUCCCGGACGGUGUCACAGACCAGCAGGCAGCUGUCAUCCCGCUGGCCUUUGCGACCGCUGUGCAGGCCAUGAUCCAGCGCCUGCAGCUGCCUGAGCCAUCCAAGCCCGCGAAGACUGCCUUUCCCUUCCUUGUGAAUGGUGGCACCAGCUCCGUUGGAAAAUAUGCUAUCCAGCUCGGCAAACUUGCAGGCCUCUUCGUUGUGGCCACGGGCUCCAAGAAGAACCACGAGCUGCUCAAGUCACUGGGCGCCGACGCCGUCGUCGACUACAACGAGGCAGACUGGCCCGAGCAAGUGCGCAAAGUGACACACGAUGGUCUGGAGCACGCAUUUGACUGUAUUGCCGAGAAAGGCACACCUGAGGCCAUCGCCAAUGCCAUGUCUACUACUAAGGGUGGCCAUAUUGUCGGCCUUCUGCCGUCAAAGCUGGAGCACAACAAGGUCAGGUAUGAGAGCACCAUCGUUUAUACGGUGUUUGAGCGGCCUCUGUCUUACGGCGCAUUUGACAACUGUGGAGACGGGCCGACCCCUGGAGACAAGGCAGUCUGGGAGAAGUAUCUCAGCAUGCUGCCCGAUCUGCUCAGCAGCGGCAAGAUCAAGCCCAACCGGAUUCGUGAGAUGGGUGGCUUGAGUGAUAUUCCGACUGGUUUCAAGGAGCAGAAGGAGGGCAGAGUCAGCGCUGAGAAGCUUGUGUACAAAAUCGCACAGGCUGGGCACGCAGUACUGUAA